AUGCCUUACAACCCUUACUUCGAUCCGGUCUUCGGCCCACGUCUAAAUCCCUACGCUCGCAUAAUGCCGGUGCGUGUGCCGGUGGCCGUCGCAGUCCCUGUCUACAUUCCCGUCCCUGUCACGUUGCCGGCUCCAGCUCAGCGCCAGUCCACCGAGGGUCGCCGAGCUACAUCCAGCGCUUGCGAAGUCAAUGGUAGCGGGUAUGUCCAGGGCGAGGUGAGGGACGCUGGCCGGAGCAGACGCGAGCAGACCCAACGCACUUCUCGUAGGGAGCGCCCCGGCACGGAGGUUCAGGGCAGAGAGCUCGUCCGUCAGACUCAGCGCCGCGAGGCAGCCCGUCAGACUGUGUAUUCUGACUACCCCCGCCAGGCCCGUGACCAGCAGGCCCCUGUCAACAACCAGCCGGCUCAGAGCCGCUAUCGCGACGACUGUCGUCAAAAGGCGCCAGCCCCGCAAAGCCGCCGCGCCGAGCAGCGCACUCAGUGCGACAACGUCAACGACCGCCCAACUCGCCGUCAGUUGCAGUACGAUCAGGAUCGCACGCCACAGCAGGGGUAUCGUCAACAAGUGCAACCUCUGCAGCCCAUCUAUGAGGAGCGUUAUCCUCCCCGUCAACAGCCUCAAGGUGGUGAGGAUAGCUAUACCCGUCGCGGCGAGGAUCGUCGCCGCAACUAG